AUGACCUCGGUCUUGUCCUCAACGCCAACGUCGAUACCCAUAAUAGCUGGCGCUCAGGAAGCUCUUCGAGAUACAUUACAACAACCGACUAGUGUUCAAUAUGUGCCGGCUGCUGCCACCAGUAGCCUUAGCGACAAUGUUCAACUUCAGUCUAGCAAUGAUUCCACGAUAAAUGGUGUGGUGAUUGGAUUACUGAGCUCAUUUGGCUCAGCCAUACUGAUAGCUUUGAUCUUCUUGAUUGUUUAUUUCUUCAAAUAUACAAGUAGUGGAAGGAUUUUACUGGAUCGGAUCGGAAGGCCGGGAGAAUAUGAUGAUGAACAGGCUUUUGCAAAGGAAGAGGCGGAAGCCUUGGAGGAAAUGGAUGAUUUACAAAGAACUGAAUAUUUGAGAGCCAAAGCAUUCGUACAAUCAAACCCACCCGAUUCAUUACCAACCGACAUUUCCUUAUCACAAUAUUUGGCAAUUCAAGAAAAGGGAGUCUCUGCUUGGGAGUUUGAACCAGAGUUGGAGAUUGCAAAUUGUUUUGUAGAGGCUAGGACGGAAAUCGAGUUCUUUGAUAGUGAGUGUUGCACUCUUACGAAUCUACCGGUACCAAAACAGAAUGAGGUUUAUUACUGGGAGUCUAAGAUUUACGAUAAGCCGGAAAAUACUCUCAUUAGCAUCGGAGUAGCGACAAAGCCUUACCCUUUGUUCAGAUUACCAGGGUGGCACAAGUAUUCUGUUGCUUAUACAUCUACUGGACAUCGAAGAUAUAAUCAACCUUUUAGCGGACCGGUAUAUGGACCACAAUAUGUUCAAGGGGAUGUUAUCGGAGUAGGAUAUCGACCGCGAACUGGCACAAUUUUCUUCACUCGAAACGGAAAGAAGCUCGAAGAUGUAGCACACGGUCUGAAAUCACAAAAUCUUUUCCCAGCUGUUGGAGCAAAUGGUCCUUGCACAGUACAUGUCAACUUCGGGCAAUCCGGAUUCGUUUUUAUUGAAGCAAAUGUUAAGAAAUGGGGCUUAGCACCUAUGACUGGUAGUCUUGCUCCUCCUCCUCCAUAUGGUAGUGAACAAGGAAGCAUUUUAUUAGAGGCCGGACGAGAGAGCGCACAGAGUAGUAAUGGUUAUUAUCAACCUGAUCCACGACAUGGACGAACUCGAAGUGGAAAUUUUAGGCAUGGUCCACCUACAAGCCCCGGACCAUUACGAUCACCCACAGAUAUUUCUUUAGCUCAACUUACACACAUUCCUUCGCAUGAAGAGCCCGGCGAGGCAUCAAAUAGUUCUACACCAGCACCUACAGGAAAUACGACAACGCAACCUGGAUUAAGUGUACACGAUAAUGCACAACCACCUCCAGAAUAUACAAGUCCUUUACCAUCAGAAGCAGGAAGUCCUCGAGGAAGCACAGAUGGUGAAAGGACACCAAUGUUAAGAAGAAAAACUACACCACCGCCUAUACCUAGUUAUAAUGAUGCAGUAGCACAACGAAAUAGAAGUAAUAGUCAUAGAGACCAGGUUGGAAGUCGCCGAGAAAGAAGCGAUAGUCAUCAAGCUCGACACGGGGAUGGAAGUCCUUCUCGAUCAUGA